AUGGCUGAUGCGCCAAAGCCCAACGUCAAUACGCGUAUGCCCAAAGGCGCAAAGCGUCCAAAGACGUCACGCGCCUGCCUCGCCUGUCGCAAGCUCAAGGCCAGGUGCGAACCUGCCGCUGGUGCCAAGCCCGUGACCAUCGAUGACCCCCAAUCCUCCUCUACUGCCUACACCAUCUGCCAUCGCUGCAAGACCCUAUGCAUCGACUGUCUCUACGAGACUCCUUCUGGUCAAGUUGUCAAAGGCGAAGACGUGCAGCCUCUUUCUGCCUCCACUCCAUCCCCUCCAGCCGAGCAUAAUCGUCCUCCUCGUUCCAACAAACGUUCCAGACCCGAGGACGAUCCCUCGGCCACCUCCAAUCCUUUCAGCAAUGAUCGCGCCGUCUUCCUCUCCCCUGCCAUCUCACCUAGCCCUCUCACGCGCUCGGUCUACAGAGACAUCGACAUUUGCUCGCUCCAGAAUGCCUCGCCUGCUAGUCUGGAACGUCCCGUCUUGAUCGCCAACGCCUUCUCUCGACUCAUCGGUGCAGCUCCCGCACUCAAGAGCGAUGCUCAGCAAUAUCUUCUCAAGCUGUCGGGUGCCUUCCCACAGGAGACAGCCUCUUCUAACAGCUGGAAACAAGCGCCUCCAGAUCUUUGUAUAGGAAAGGCUGCGGCGCGCCUCAUGUCUGGCCACGCUCCCUCGCCCCCUUAUCCUCAGCACGAACUCAUCUUCCUCAGCCGCUUGCUUCAGCCUCACGAGCACCCGAUGCGCAUCCUGUUCCAAGGACUGUACGGACCUUUCACACCCUUCCUCUCGAUACCCUUUGAGGAGUCACUCAACCUUUCGACCUGCCAAUCCGAAGCCCAGUGCUUCUUGCUGCUCACCAUCUAUCUCGUCGCCUUGCCGCACCUCGAGCCAACCAUGUCCAUAGGUCCAGUCAGGCAGCCACUACGUAAGGCCGUGGAUGCUAUGCUUCGUCGCGCCAUGCACUCUUCCCUCAACGACCAUCUCAACAUCUUUGCUCUGCACAAUUGCGCGUCCUUCUUGCUCUUGCCCGUCGAUGGCAUGGUCGAGGCUCAUCGUCCCAUCUCGACCCCAGAACAAGAGGAUGACGGCUUGCUUGAGUUCGCUCUCGACCUCAACCCUAGAGCAGCCAUCAUCACAGCGCUCAUCGUGGCGCAGCAGCUCGGCUACGCCUCCCUCGCCUCCAAGCUGCCAACAAUACGUCAGUCGAUCGAGACGGAUUCACCUGCCGUCGGCCACGCUGCAGAUGAAAUUCGGGACGAAUACGCUCAUGCUGUCUUGUGCACCUUCACUUGGCUCACCCUACUUCAAUUUCGCGCCUCGAUCGACGUUGCCGAGGAACGCAUCGAGUGGGAUUCCUUGGCUCAGUUCGAACACGAGAUCCCACGCGUCCGCAUCGAGGCUCUGACCGCCUCUAUUUUGCCUCCACCAUCGUUCCUCUCGCCUCGUGAGCAGAGUCGAUGCUGUUGGAUGGCUCAGCGUGCCGAACUGUACGCCAUCGCUCGCGAUCAUCGCCAUACCAAGCGUGCCUCAGCAUCCUUCACCAAGAAGGAAGCCGAGGAGCAAGCAGCUGCAUACAAAAAAGCAGUCGACGAGUGGCGCUACAAGUUCAACGAGCAGAUGCGAAGCAUGAGCACCGAGUUUCGCAGAGACCCUCGUGGGCUAGGUCUGCAUCGGUACUAUUCCAUCUUUGCCAACGCCGAAGCUCAAUCGCUCCAAGUCUCCAUCGGCUCGGUCUACCACAAGGAGUUUGUUAGCGACAUGCGACCUAGGCUCGAGGACCCUUUCUACCAAGACAGUGUGCCCUGGAAGUCGGCUCCCACCAUCAUGCUCGGUCACGAGAAUGAUCGCCUCACCAAGGCCAUCCUCAUCAACUUUGCCUUCACCGAUGCCAUGCUCAAAGCCAUGGGCCAUAUCUCGAGCUUGACGCCCGUCAUGCCCCAGCUCUACGACUUUGUCUCCUACGAAGAGUCAGCAGGCAGCGAGAUCCCAUCGCUCUGCAUUGUAGCACCACCCAACAUUCAGGCUGGCCUCUUUGCCGUUCCUCUGCUCGCAGCGGCAGACCUGCGUCUUUCGGUGAUCGAGACGUGGGGUGCCAGUGCUUCCUACUUCAACCACCACAUUCUGCCUCUGCUCACCAACUGCGUCAAAUCGCUGCGUGCCUGCCACGUCAACGUCGCACUUCCCGGCGUCCUCAAGAUCCCCUUCACUACCGCCAAUCCCAUCGCCGACUACUUGCAGGGCCCCUUCGAGAUCCUUAUGCGCAAGGUGGCCUCCGCUGAAGAGCGUCUUCAGAUCUCUCAUGUCGAGAGCAUCCUCACCAAUGCGUUCCUACUCUCGCGCAAAAAGAAGGAAAUCGAGACCAUAGCCGAAGAGCUGGCACCCGACGCACCCGAGAUGGUGCAAGCGAUCGCUGACAGCCAGAAGAUCGAAGACGAGAUCUCGGCCAGCAUGAUGGGCUCCCUGCACGUGCAGGCGAUACAAGAGAUAGAGGAGGACGAGACCGACUACGCCGUCAAGGUCUUCGGCUCAGAUUUGCGCCAGGGCGACAUCAAAGCAAUCCGCAAAUCAAGCAGUGGUAUUCGCAGCAAUGCCGCGACGCCAGACGCGGAAGGAAGUGCGCGAAGGGGACGACAGAUCAGAGUCAGCAGCGAGGACUCCCAGCCAAGGGCGAGCACAUCUGGAAGCGUCAAUGAGCAGUCGUCACCUGCCUAUCGCGGCACCCGUUCCAUGGCCGAAAGUACUCGUUUCUCCAGCCCGGCCGCCACUUCGCAGCCGCUGCAGUCCUUGCCUCCAAGGACCUCGGCUAAUCCGUACAUCCAGGCAGUGGAAGCUCAGCACGAUCUCAGCGCACACAGAGAGAACGACACGUUCACUUCUACCGCACACAGCAACGACGCUCAAUCGUCCCCAUCAGUGUUGCACCAGCGGCCACCAUCGGCAUUCGGAUCCGCAGUGGCGACUGCCGGUCCGCCGCGUACAAUGCCGUCUGACGCGUUCUCAAUGGCCUCCUAUACGGAUCGUGGUGCAUCUGGCACAGCUUCGUCACGCUCCCAGGUACAGGAUCAAGUGCAUGACGAGCAUCAUCCUCCGCCGACUCGGGCAUCAGCAUACGCAUCUCAGCCCACUGCUGAUGGACAUGCGUCGUCGGGCGGUGCGCUCGCCGCCUUUCUGUCAGACUCUGACAACACUCAACGUCUGGCCGCGCCCGACCAAGUCUUUGCAUAUCAAGCGAGCUCUGACGUCCCUUCAGUGCAUGCAAUUCCUUCUGGAUACGACGCCACGUACCGGCGACCUUCCGAUGCAAGAGCCGGAGGCGCUGCAUACCCAGUUGUCUACUCGACAGAGGCUGUCUGGCCUGUGAACGCCUCCGGUGUGGCAGUGUCCGAGCCUUGGCCCGCGUCGACGCACCAAGAGCAGCCACAGUACGGGAAUCCUGACCGACCUGAGCACGGCUUCCGAGGUCAUGCUGCUCACGGCAAGUACGAGCCAUACUUGGAAGCUCCAAGCUCACGUCAAGCUGUCAUGCAAACGGGCCCGCACGAACUAUACCCAGCCGCCCAUCAGCAAUCUUCACAGUACGCAGGUCAGCACGAUGGUCAAUACCCAUUGCAACAUCCGUCUGCAGACCCUCGGUACUUGUCUGCGCAGCAUCAGCAGCAGCUGCAGCAGCAGCAGCAGAUGCAUCCGGGCGAGCAUGGAGGCGGAACAUCUGGGAUGCCUGGCCACUACGCACCAGCAAACCAGUUGCAUCCCAGCGAGAACCAGCCUCAGUCUAAUGUUGCUUGGGACGUUUGGAAUUGGACCCCUGGCCAGCAGCAGCAGCAGCAGCAUCGUCAUCCUCAGCAGCAACCUCAAUACCCACAACAACAGCAGCACUAUUCGGGCUGA